AUGUUUGGAAUAUUUAAGCGAAUAAAACAAAGAAUUGCAGACGGUGAGUAUGUCUCUGUGAAGGGUAGCCUAGUUCAUGCUAUUGAUGAAAAGGAAUACAAUAGUAUACUGCCCAUCACCCUGUUAAUUGAUUCACAGGAAAGGAAGUCAUAUGUACGCCAAGAUAAGCCUUCAUUAUUAUGUAUAUGGAAUGGCGUUCAAUGGCCGGUUGAUACCAUUGAACUGGUUGGCACGAGGAUGAACCUGACGUUUGGCGGUGACCAACAUGCUAACUUAAUUACAGUAAGCGUAACUGACGAUGUCAAAGGGCUAAAAUCUAUGUUUGUGAACGAGUCCAUGCAUGUAUCUAAUGAAUGCGUAUUGAUUUCUACGUCAAUACCCUUUCGGGUUAAAUUAGAAAGGACUAUAAUGCUACAGCGGUUCGAGAAUUGGUCCAUGCACAAAACUCUUACAGCCAUGUUACUAGCAAUAAUAGGUACACGUAUUCAUGAUACACACCUGGUUAUGAGAGGCAUAUACCCCUUUGCGGACUGGUGCUAUGUAUUUAUUAAUGAUAGGUGGGUUAAGGCCUGGGCAUACGUGCGUUUUUCGCGUGAGCAAGGCAAGAAGAAUUCUACUGAAAAUACAAUCCAAUUUUUCAAAACCAAGAGUUUGUCGAAGAAAAAUCUCAUUUGUUCAAUUGAUAGCUCUGAUUUCGCUGAGGAGGUAUUUUUUACUCGGGACACGUCCACAUGUGAUCUUUCUGCGUUGAAGAUAGAUAACUUACGAGCAUUUUUAUCUGAAGUGGACACAAUUAAGUACGUGGGCGAUGUUCGAGUUUUUACAAAUGACAGAAAAACACGAGCUUUCGAAUAUCGAGGCGGUUCUCCUGAUAUUGAAAAAUUGAAAGUCUCCAAAUACUCUAGUAGUAAUAACAGCACAGUGAGCACUAUUGAAGUUUCCGAGGAUAGCUCUCCGGUGAGAAAGGUUCACGGACUUCUCAUUAGACCACUACCGCAUAAAGGAAUUCAUCACUUGGAGAGUUUGGUAAGGUUUAUAUUACCAAUUAUGGAUUGUCUUCGGCUCUAUGGCAGACCUGAAGGAUUCCUUCUUGACCACAAACACCAAGACUCUUUGCUCUUUGGUCUACCAAAAUUACCUAUCACAGAUUACCUUGCACAAGAAGAGCUGAAAUUACUGGAAUCUGAAUCAUUCAAUAGAGAGCACCCUCAAAGACAAAUAAAAUCCUUUGUUUGUGACCAAUUAAAGCUUGAUAGAUCAAAUUUGACGUUUGGUAUAGUUCACUCGAUGAAAGAAAUUGCCAGUAGUCUACCUUCUACUGCAGCAUUGAGCAACACCGAUUUUUGA